GUUGCUGAUGUGCCUGUUAAGCCUAUUCUAUUUAGCAUUCAGAGGUAAGGGAAGAUUGACUUGGUAACUAUCAUAGCAGGGCGUCCCCGGAGUGGUGAUAAUAAGCAUUGACUCCAUGAUUCCAGAAGGCUGAUCAAUCGCUUUAUUAUAUUAUACUAUACUAUACUACUAAGAAACACUCAUCACUCUUGCAGACAGUCCGAUACAGACAGACCAGAUUGGUUGAUUGAAAUCCAAACACCAUCACCACUGGCCAAUUAAGAAAUUACCCUUUGGUAAACAAAUCUCCAUAACACAUUCCACAUAUGCACAACAACAGGUGCAGCAAGUGAAGAUAAGAAUUGUUUCUCAUUCUUUUCUCUGAGCUUUCUCACAGCUUCUCACAGCUUCCCAGGAAAAUCCUGGGAGAGCUCUCUCUCUCUGUUCAGAGGAUAUGUGAUCACCACAGGUCAGCUGUGACAAUGCAGGCCCAAGGACACCACAGUGACACUACAGAACCUCAUGGAACCAAGGGGCCAUUGUGACACUGUGGUGCCUCAUGGAAUCAAGGAGACCAUUGUGAAACUCGGGGGCCCCAAGGAACCAAGGGUCCAUGGUGACCUUGUGGAGCCCGCAGUGUCACAGAGGAGCCGUUGUGACACAGCGAGGGCGCACGGAGCCGAGGGGCCAUUGUGACACAUCAGGGCUUUGUGGAACCACAAAGCCAUUGUGACAUUGCAAGGCCUCAUGGAAGCAUGGGGCCAUUGUGACACUGCAGAAGCAAGGGGGACAUUGUGACACUCCAGGGCCUCAUGGAACCAAGGAGACCAUUGUGACACUGUGGGGUCCCACAAAACCAAGGGAACAUGGAACAGGUCUGGCUGGCUGGGCCUCCUGGGGACCACCUGACAUGUCUGGCUGACCUUGGCAUGUCGAGGGCUGCUUCUCACCUGUCCCUGAAGCACUGGGGCUCUGGGCUUUCCUUCCUAUGGGAGAGAACUCUCCUUCUCCAGGGGCCUAUGGCCGAAAGUGGGAUUCCUUCUCCAAGUUUCGUUGUAUGCAAGGAUUGUUCCCAGCCAAAAUCUGCCACUAUCAUCAAGUUUGGCCGCCCUUGGUCUCUGGUGGCUGCCCCUGCCACACUGGGGCUCGGUUCUUUCCUUCCCAUGGAGAUCCCUGUGACACUGUGGGGACCUCAUGGAACCAAGGGGAUCAUUGUGGCACCACUGGAGCCCAUGGAACCAAGGGGCCAUGGUGACACAGCGGGGCUUCAUGGACCCAGAGACCAUUCUGACUCUGUGGGGCCUGAUGGAACCAUGGAGGCCAUGAGGACCCUUCAGGGCCUCGUGUCACCAAGGGGGCAUUGUGACACCUCAGGGCCUCCUGGAAGCAAGGGACCAUUGGGACACUGUGGGGCCCCAUGGAACCGAGGGAACAUGGAACAGGUCUGGCUGGCUUGGCCUUCCAGGGGCCACCUGACAGGUCUGGCUGAUCUUGGAAUGCCAAGGGCUGCCUCUCAUCAGCUCCUGGAGCACUGGGGCUCCGUGCUUUCCUUGCUAUGGGAAAGAACUGACCCUCUUUUCAGAUGCCCAUUGCCAAAAUUGGUACCCUCUCUAAAAAAUUUCCUAUUUCUAAGGGUAUCUCUCAGAACAAAAACUGCCAGCUCUGGCUGGGCUUGGCCUCUGGUGGUCACCUCUCAUCUGCCCCUGAAACAGAGGGACUCUGUUCCUUCGUUGCUGCGGAAAAAAGCAGCCUUCUUGCCAAGGGACCAUGGCCAAAAUUAGAAUUUGGCCUCCCAAAUUCCAUUUAUCCAAGGAUUGCUCCCUAACAAAAGUAGACAGGACAGACACAUCAGGCUGGCCCUGUCCUCUGGUGAUUUUCUUAGACUAUGAGCUGAAUGUUUUCAUUUGAAAACUCCUUGGAGAGCACCCAGAGAUCUCCCAAGGUGGGGUUUUGAGGCCUCAGGCACAUGACCACUACAUAUGGACAAAGGAGCUCUGUGCUCUGUGCUGUUGUGGUGGUUUUGCAUCAUGGAAGUGAUGUCCUGAGAGAAGCUGUUAGCAGUUUCGCCGUAUCUGACAAAAAACCAAUCAGUAAUUAGCUUUGAGAGCUGACAAUCUGUUAAACCACUAAGGAAACUGCACAAGCCUCUGUGAAGACACAAGUUAAAGAGGAAGAAGCCUGGCUGGGUCUCUUUCCCUUCUGGCCAGCACAGAGGUGCCAAGGCCGGGCCAGCCCCUGUCUGGGCCGGGGCGGGCCGGGCGGCUCCUGCCGUGGGGCCGGGCCCCUUCUCAGAGAGCCCGCCAGGCCCCAUCGGCUGCCGGGCAGGGGAGGGGAGGCCGUGGGGCUGAGGCCGGGCCGGGCCGUGGCUGCGCUUGCUGACAUCUGGCCGCUGCCGAGCCCUGCCCCGCCGCCAGCCCGGGCCCAGCCAGGAUCCGCCGGGCCCCAGGAGCAGCCCCGGGCCGGGCCGGCUCGGCCAAGCUUCUGCCGCCCUUGGGCUUGGCCCGCAACCAGCGGGCAGGGCCAGGAGAAGCCAUCGGCCCCGGCCGUGCUGCUGCUCUGCUCUGGCCUGGCUGCUGAGAUCCUGGCCCUGCCCCCAGCGCCGCCCAGCCUGACACAGCCCCAGCGCAGCCGCUGCACAAACCUCCAUGGGAAAACAGCUCCGGCCGCAAGGACCCAGCCCGGCCGGGCUCACGCAACCAUCUGCAGGCCCCGCCUGAGAUAUUGACUCUUCCCGUGCUUCCAUCCUCCCUCCAGUGAGAGAAAAGGACAAAGUGCAGGCACACACAGGAGCAACGUGAAGACACCGAGAAUGGGGAGAUGACUUGUUCAGCAAAGGCCUCCAUGCUAAAGUAAGGAAAUGUUGCAGUAGCUGUGAUCCCAUGAGAAGUUUGAAGAGAGAAAAGGAGCAGAGUGAUGAGACCCUGUGCCCUGAGGGAGAGAAGAAGAAGACCUCUGUUCCCAGAGAUUAAGAUGAUUUCAGAAAUAGAUGAAGAGAACCUUUGCUCUUAAACAGCUCAUCUGUAAACCAGUACCCCAUAAGCUGACAUGGGCCAUAGACACAGCUGUGGGAAAAACUGUGAAAAAAUGGGAGGGACUUCACAAUUGCAGAUUUUUCCAUGCAGCUGCUAUUUGUGGAAAUGAAAGGCCAUGAGAUAACUGUUUUCUUGUGGAGAAGUCUCCAUAACAUUAACAAGAGGAACUU